GAAUUCCCACGGUUUUCUCCGGGAAAAGGUUUCCUAGUCCAAUAGUUGGUUUGACUCGUGAAAUAAGGCCAAGCCCUGACCAAGUUCUGUUCCUUGUUCCCUUUGCUGUUAUUGAUGCGGCUGAGAAUAUGCACUCUGACCGCUUGGAUUGGAAUGCCAGUCACUACCCGAGGAUAUAGGUGUCCAUUCGACGGCAGCUUGUGCUUCGAUACAUCAGGCAAAGAUGUAUCUAUCUGGCAGUUAUGCAAGCUACUUACCCACCGGGCUCUCAGGACAAUUGCCGAGACAAUCCUUCACCAGUACGUCAUUGCUCGCCGCGAAAACAAACAGAUCCAGAUCCCUGUAGCCCGAACGACGAAAAGUCUUCAGCACGGGCCUGUGUGUUGCAAGGAGCUAACCGGACAAUUCAAGGGCGUUGAGAUCUUCAAAAGGGUUCCUGCGGUGAGAUUCGUCUCCACUGCAUUGAUGAUGCUGCCAAGACCCAUGACGACUCUGAUCCCUGGAUGAUUUCUCCCUUCAUGAUCUUUUCUUACUACCGAUCAAUAUAUUGAACCCAGAUCAAGUCAGCCGCGGCCCGGGCCCUCAAAUGCGGAUGUGGGGAGCUUGGCUUGCUAUCGGUCUCCAACAGA